CUAUAUAGAAGAAUGACAACUCUGCAAACUUCAAAUCAAAAUCGAAAUAAGCCCAUGUUCCACGCCACAUUUCUUGAUGGUGUUCGUGGUGUGGCAGCUUUAAGUGUUGUUUGGGCUCACUCCCAGAAUGUAUAUAUCCAACGUUUGGAUUUUAACACAUUCGACCUUAUGGGAACUUAUGGUUAUCACGAAAAAAGGGAAGAGGAAAAAAAUACCGAUUCAGCUGUAAAUAAAAUUGAUCAUUUAGAAAGUUGUGUAGACCUCGAAACAAACAUAUCAAACGUUCCACUCUUGUCAUCGACGAAUUCUGAUAAUUUU